AUGGCUCCCGUCACUUCCAAGACGAACUUCAAGACCUACGACGCGCAGGCUCGCCUGCUGCGCGCCAUCGUCGCUGCUCACCCCGAGGUGAAGUGGAACUACAAGGAUAUCGCCGAGCACUUUGGGUCCGACAUGACGGAGUACGCGGCUCAACACCGCUUCCGCGCCCUCAAGAAUCACUCAAAGAUCAUCAAGGAUGCAGUCGCGUCGGGAAUGGACUGUAUUCAUAUCCCAGCAGAUCUUCCCAAGGAUGCCAAGGAUAUCGCCAAGUUCUUCGGCGAGUCGACUGCCGACGGCAUUCAGUUUCAGUUCCGAGGCAUCAAGAAGGAUGCUGAGUCUCUCAAGCAGACCGCCAACAGCGGCGGGAACCCAGCCACGGCCUUGAACCUCUCUGGCGCCGGCCCCUCCAGCGCUGCUUCGACCCCGCGCAAGGCCACUCCUUCGAAGCGCCUUGCCUCCGGUGGCGGCCGCUCGACUGUCAAGAAGGCCAAGCCCAUCAAGCUCCAGCCGUUGAGUGACGAGGAGGAUGACGAGGGUGGUGACGACGUCGAUUAUAACGCACUCGAGGACACCCCCUCCAAGUCGCGGGUCCGCGACCACGUCCUCGACGGCCGCAUCGGCAAGACCACUCCCAGUCGCCGCAGCAACACCCCCAGCCGCGCCGCUACCAUCGCCGCUGCUGCCAACAUAAGCAACGUUGCCGCGGUCGACUUGACCACCUCUGACAGCGAGGUCAACACCCCUGACAACGCCCCGGCUUACGAGGCCCCGGCUCCUGUCAACUCGAAGCCCGCUUUCAUGGCCCAGUCAUUCGAGCAGCCGGCCGUCUCCCAGCCUGCCGUUCAGCCUGCCACUGACGUCUUCGCGUCCCAGCCCAGCUUCUCCCAGCAGGCGGACGACAGCUUCUACUUCAACCCUGAGCCCCAGGACGCCAUGCCCAGCUUCGUUGUCAGCGAGAUGGCCAGCUUCGACCAGGGUCUCUUUGGCAGCAAUUACAUGGACAACAACGAUGGUGAGAUCUAG